AGGUGUUUUAGUCGCGAAUGCCGUUCGUGGCAGAGUGGUCGUGUUUUGUGGCGACGGCGCAGUUUGAACUCACCAGCCUGGGUCUGUCGCAUCAGUUGACAGAUUGUACAUAUGCUAAUCGAGUUCUAGACUGGGAUUCACUAUUUUUAAUUGUGCCUAAGCGGACAUUGGAAUAGUUUUAGUGAUAGUGAAUUACCAUUAAUUAAAGUGACGCGAGAGUAGGGAAUUCCGUUAGGCGAAUCGAGCACAUAGGUCAUCAUGGCGAAAGAAGUAAUCCUUUCGGACAAGGAUAUCUAUCCCAGCCACCAGAUUCCAGAAGACAAUGAACUCGACUACCGAGAACGCUUCCCCGAUUUACGCCCGUUGAUACGACGCCAUUUCCGUGGAUUCUGGACACGCGAGCAUGCUGUCCGCCGGUUGCCCUUUCUCCAGUGGGGUCUUCAGUACAGCUGCCGGAAGCUCGCCUCGGAUGCGAUCGCCGGAAUUACGGUCGGGUUGACAUCCAUUCCGCAGAGUAUCGCGUAUGCCGUGGUCGCCAACCUGGAACCGCAGUACGGUCUCUACUCGAACUUCAUGGGAUCGUUUGGGUAUGCCAUCUUCGGUAGUGUGAAAGAAAUAACGAUCGCUCCGACCGCGAUCAUGGCCCUGAUGGUUCAACAGAAGGUGCUGGAGCUAGGACCGGCGGGAGCUAUUCUGUCAUCUUUCCUGUCCGGCUGCAUCAUUCUACUGCUGGGGUUGCUCAACUUUGGCUUCGUGGUUCAGUUCAUAUCGAUGCCGGUGAUUACAGGGUUCAUAACUGCAGCAGCCGUUACGAUUAUGAGCAGUCAGAUGAAGUCGCUGUUGGGUAUAUCAAGCCCGGGGAAGUCUAGCGAGUUCGUCGAUGUGUGGAGUAAUAUUUUCGAGAAUGCCGGACAGACGAGACUUUGGGAUUCGUUGCUCGGUUUCGGCUCGUUGGCGAUCCUGAUCUGCCUUACGCUUGUCAAAGGCCGCGGUUCGGGACGGUGGCGAACCUUCACCAAAUAUCUCUGUUUGCUGCGAAACGCACUGAUUGUACUGAGUGGUGGGACCCUAGCAUACAUAAUGGCCAGUCGCGACCUGCAUCCAUUUCGACUAACAGGAAAAGUUGCGUCUGGUUUUCCACCGCUGGAGCCACCGCCAUUUUCAACAAUCUUCAACGGAGAGUUUUAUGAUUUUUCUCAGAUGCUUCGGUUACUGGGUUCAUCGGUGAUCGCGAUACCACUGAUCUCGAUUCUGGAGUUGGUUUCGAUUGGGAAAGCCUUUUCCAAGGGUAAGCCUAUAGACGCAACGCAGGAAAUGCUCGCUCUUGGACUUUGUAAUAUCGCCGGCUCGUUCACGUCAUCGAUCCCAACUACGGCGUCGUUUGCUCGAACGGCGAUCAACAGCAGCAGUGGUGUUAAAACUCCGUUCGGAGGCGUGUUCACCGGUGUACUGGUCCUGUCGGCUCUGGGACUGCUAACAGAGUAUUUCUACUACAUUCCGAAGGCGACGUUGGCGGCAGUUAUCAUUGCAGCUAUGGUAUUCAUGAUCGAGUACCGCGCGGUUGCAGAGAUGUGGCGCAUAAAGCGAAUCGACAUUGUCCCAUUUUUAGUCACGGUGGUAGCGUGUCUUUUCACGGGGUUAGAGUAUGGGAUCCUGGUCGGAAUCGCGGUGAAUUUGUGCUUCCUGCUGUACUUGAUUUCCCGACCGAGGAUCGAACAUAGAGUUUUGCAGGUCGGCACUACGACUGCGCUUAUCCUGCGUCCAACAAAUGAUCUGGCCUUCUCGUCGGCGGAAUACCUUAGGGAGAAAAUAAUUCGAAUGGCGGCCAAGUGUGAAGUAGACCUGGUGGUGAUCAACGGUGAACUGAUCAAGUACAUAGACUCAACGGUGGUGAAGAAUCUGUCUAGUACGGUGAAGGAUUUGAAGGUCCAAGGAAGACAUGUGUUGCUUUGGCGCUGGAAUCGGGAAGUGCAGUAUUCAUUGUACAGAUACCGCAAGGAGCAGUUCAUGCCGCUUUUCAGAGCUGACGAGAACGAUGAGGAAAUGAUCAGGCGUUGGAGAACCGGUACCAUGGACGAUGGGUUUGUUUGAUGUUUGUGGUUAAAUAGAUUGAGGUAUGUUUUGAAAAUAGUUUAGUAGUUGUAUAGUUAGAAGGAAAAUAUUUAUUAAAAAAUUUAAGAUUUAUCUUCCAUUCAAGUCAAAUUGUGGAAAUAUCCGAAAAUUUUAGUAAAUUGCUGAAUUUUCAAAAAACA